GGGGAGCCGCGGCCGGGCCCGGGCGCAGGCGGCGGCGGCGGCGGGAGCGGAGCGGCAGGGGCCCGGCGCUCACCAUGCCCUACAAGCUCAAGAAGGAGAAGGAGUCUCCGAAGUCAGCCAAAAGCGCCCCGAAGGCCGGCGGCGGCAGCGGGAAGGAUGGCGGGGCAGAGAAUUCGGAGGAGGCCCAGCAGCCGCAGCAGCAGCCGCAGCAGCAGCAGCAGCAGACAACUUCAAAUAAGCGUCCCAGUAACAGUGCUCCCCCACCGACCCAGCUGAACAAGAUCAAGUACUCGGGGGGACCCCAGAUUGUGAAGAAGGAGCGGCGGCACAGCUCUUCUCGCUUCAAUCUGAGCAAAAACCGGGAACUGCAAAAGCUCCCAGCCCUCAAAGAUGCUCCUCCACACGAACGCGAAGAGCUUUUCAUCCAGAAGCUGCGGCAAUGCUGUGUGCUUUUCGACUUCAUCUCUGACCCCCUCAGUGACUUGAAGUUCAAGGAGGUGAAGCGAGCGGGACUCAACGAGAUGGUAGAAUACAUCACGCACAACCGUGACGUCGUCACCGAGGCCAUCUACCCUGAAGCUGUUAUCAUGUUUUCAGUGAACCUCUUCCGGACACUCCCGCCAUCAUCCAAUCCCACAGGCGCGGAGUUUGACCCCGAGGAAGAUGAGCCUACGUUAGAGGCUGCCUGGCCGCACCUUCAGCUGGUGUACGAGUUCUUCCUGCGGUUCCUGGAGUCACCUGACUUUCAACCAAACAUAGCAAAGAAAUACAUCGACCAGAAAUUUGUACUAUCUCUGCUGGAUCUCUUUGACAGCGAAGACCCCAGAGAACGAGACUUCCUAAAGACUAUUCUGCACAGGAUCUAUGGGAAGUUCCUGGGGCUGCGAGCGUACGUGAGGCGGCAGAUCAACAAUAUAUUUUACAGGUUCAUCUAUGAAACAGAGCAUCACAAUGGGAUUGCAGAGCUGCUGGAGAUCCUGGGAAGCAUAAUCAAUGGGUUUGCUUUGCCGCUGAAGGAAGAGCACAAGAUGUUCCUCAUCAGGGUCUUGUUACCGCUGCACAAGGUGAAGUCUCUCAGUGUCUACCACCCACAGUUGGCGUACUGUGUUGUACAGUUCUUGGAGAAAGACAGCAGCUUGACAGAGCCGGUGAUUGUGGGCUUGCUGAAGUUCUGGCCGAAAACGCACAGUCCCAAGGAGGUGAUGUUUUUAAACGAGCUGGAAGAGAUCCUGGACGUGAUUGAGCCGUCUGAGUUUGUGAAAGUUAUGGAGCCCUUGUUCAGGCAGUUGGCCAAGUGUGUCUCCAGCCCACACUUCCAGGUGGCAGAGCGAGCACUGUACUAUUGGAACAACGAAUAUAUCAUGAGCCUGAUCAGCGAUAACGCAGCCAAAAUUCUCCCGAUCAUGUUUCCAGCGCUCUACAAGAACUCCAAGAGUCACUGGAACAAGACAAUCCAUGGGCUGAUCUACAAUGCACUGAAGCUGUUCAUGGAAAUGAAUCAAAAGCUUUUUGAUGACUGCACGCAGCAAUACAAAGCAGAGAAGCAGAAGGGAAGGUUCAGGAUGAAGGAACGAGAAGAAAUGUGGCAGAAAAUAGAGGAGCUGGCCCGGCUGAACCCCCAGUAUCCGAUGUAUUACGCACCUCCACCAUUGCCUCCAGUCUGCUGUAUGGAAACGGAGACCCCAACUGCAGAGGAUAUACAGCUGCUGAAGAAAACGGUGGAGACGGAGGCUGUGCAGAUGCUGAAAGACAUUAAGAAGGAGAAGGUUUUGCUGCGCCGGAAAUCUGAGCUUCCUCAGGACGUCUACACUAUAAAAGCCCUGGAGGCCCACAAGAGAGCAGAAGAGUUUCUCACCUCAAGCCAGGAGGCUCUCUGACGGGCUCAGGAGCUGGCCCGGGAAGCUCUGCCCCCAUCCCUUUCCCCCAGGGGUCACAGAAAUGCACUUGGUUCUCAUGUAUAAAUAAGGAAUGAACAUGGUGAGCUGUGCCUGUCCUCCACUCCAUCCACAUCCCUCCAGGGUAGAUCUGGUUUUACGUUGUAACUUGUACCUCGCCACUGCCGUGUCCUCCUGCUUUUCCACCUUCGCUGUGCGUGUGUGAAGGGAGCCUGCCUGUCCUGCAAGCCCAGGCAGGAGUCGCUUCAUUUCCACGCUGCCUGGUUCUUAUUCUGCCCGGGAGCCGGAGCCUCGCUGCCCUGCAGGGAGGGGAGACGCUCCCCGUACCUGCAGCGGCAGGAGGCUGAAGGGAGCCGCGCUGGGCUCUGCAGUCAGCAGAAAGAACCAAAACCCCUGCACAGCUCACCUCCCGGGGUGGCAGAGCUAGGCAGCGGCACGGUGUGCUUGACCCCUCUGACUUCAGAAACAACCUGAGCUGCCCAGCUCAGCCUGCCGGAGGCGGGUGGCACAAAUUCUGCCCUUGCCGCCGCCUGCCCCAGCGCUGCCCGCGCAGCCGAGGCCUGCGGCUGAGCUUGGGCUGGGAGCAUCAGGCAGAGCUUGUGAGAGCUCUGCUCUCUCCCCGCCCUGCCUUGGGGUGCAGCUCUGUGGUUGGAGGGUCUCGCGUACAGCAGGAGGCAUUCACUUCCACCUUUCUUUUGCUUCAAGCCCCCUGUUCUGUUCCCUUGUCAGUGGAGUGGGGGUUCAGUGCUUUGCCACCCCCAGUAAAGCUGGGUGCAAGCACUACGUACUAUUGCUUCCCUCCCUUUAGAGCAUCCUUAGAAGCUCUCUUGUGGGAAAGUGAAUUCCUUCAGCUCUUUGUAUUGGUCCUUGCUAAGUCGUCUCCAUCCCAGCGUCUUGGGUAAUCGUGGGCCCAGAAUUAACUUCUGGCUUUGUAGCAGGCAUCAGCCACUGACUUCUGCUUUCUUCCUCUACCUGCUCAAUUAAAAUACUCCCGCAGCUCUCCCUUUGUUGCUCUGUCCCAUCCUUAGCUCUGCAGCGGCUGGGGUUUCUAGGAGGCUUGUGCUGCUAAAGUCAUUUCUGCCAAGUAGUGGAAGCAGUGGAUCCACAUUACGGGGCCAAGGCUGAGUUGCGAGUGUUCAGUUGUCUCCUCCUCAUGAUCGGUGGCUAGACGCUGCUGUUGAACUGCUUCUGUAGGUGCUCUGAGCAAAGUUAGCCUCGCCCUGUUACUUCAGCACCUGCCAUGGCCUGAGGCCCUUGUUAGUUCCAUGGUGCAUCAGGGACUUGCUGUGCUAAUUUAGCAUUUAGGGCGCACUUGAUAGCCCAGGGCCCCGCGCAGCACUUGGGUGCUACUGUGAUCCAGCUCUUGGAGCUUUUUCCCCAACCUUUUGUGGUGCAGAUUCAGUCCCAGGCCAAGGCGCCCCCUCGGAGAGGCUGGUUGUGAUGGAAAAGGGAGUCUUCUUCACUUCUUACCUGCUGCGCUUGCUUUCUCGACACAUCAGCUUGAGUGGGUUUGCGGUAGCGCAGGAAGCUUCUGGGGUCGGUGCCAGCGUGACACAGCUUUGCAGCAUCGCGGGUCGUUGCAGGAGGUCCUGGUGUGUCUGCUCCUCCUCCCCACCAGCAGAACGCUUCCCGGGUCAGAGGUUCACCCCCUCUAAUCCUGCUGCUGGUGCGCAGCACCUUUCCUUCCCUCCAACCCGCGCUGGGCUGUUUUUCCCCCCGUGUCGCCCCCCUGCCCUGUUCAGCUCUCUUUCAGUUCGGCCCUCGUCGGCAUGCCACCAUCUCUUGGGAGCAGCUGGCAAGCGUGAGUGUGCGAGAGAUCACCCCCAAUCACGCAGGACCCCGCCUCCCCUCUGCUUCGUGCGAUGGGCCAGUUCAUCAGGAGACUUGCGAAACACCUCAGGGAGGUUAUUGCUUAUUUUGAACAUUAGCCCGAGCUCAUGGUCAGCUGCCAAUCAAUUACCUCACGUGAGCCUAGCACAGCAUGUAGACAUGCGCUGGGUAAUGCCAGCUGAAGGCUUGCAGGAGCGGCAGGUGGCUCCGGGGCACAGCACAGACGAGGAUUGCCAAGCGCCCCAACCCGCAGCAGGGUUUAGGUAGGGGAGGACGUUUCUUCCCCUUGCAGUUAUGGGCUUUCCACCUCGCCUGCUUAGCGUCGCGUUACAAGCUGCCACCUCGUUUCUUGAGCGCUCCAGCAUGCGCCCGCCCUCACUACCGCCCGCUCGCUGCUGGGAAGCGACCGCGUUUCCCUGCUCUGGGCCGCGCUGCCUGCAGAAAGAGCUGAGACUUGUGGCACGCGGAGGCCGUGCUGCCCUGCGCACAGCCCCUCUCCGCCUGCAGCCCCCGGCCGCGUCCGGAGGAGUACUGCCGAGAGCGGGCCGUGCGCGGGGGCAGGACCGCGAGGCACCACGGCUACGUGCUGUACGGCUUGGAUGUCCUCAUAGCUUUGUGUGUCUUGUUCUGGGUCAGGGACCUCAACCCUUAGUACCUUACCAUCGCCAUUAGUUUACUGCCUACUCAUUCCAGUGUCCUGGACAUCGAAGAAGGGGACCAUGUGAGACAGGGGGGAGCGCGUUAUUGCCCUCCGCCACGCGUACCGCUCAUGUGCAGGCCUGCGCCUGCCACGCUACAGCUGCCCCUUGCUCCACACUUGGUUUCUAGCAUUAGUGCUCAUUUCUGCCUAUGCCUUCUCCCCACAUCAGCCAAAUGGACAGAACUGGAGCUGCCUCUUCUACUUCACACGGCUCCCUCCUCCCGAGGGAGCGAGCAAAACUAACUACUGCAUUCACCCCCUGGACACAAGUAUUAAGCUGCUUACAGUUCAUAUGUACAUAUGGUGUACUUUAUUUUCAGUAGAGCAUUACAUAGUAUGAAAGUGUUGGAUUUUGUACAGAUGUCCCUGUAUGUACAGUACUAAAUAAAACUGAUCUCUUGGAAAGACA